AGCGUGGGGGCGUGGCCUCCCCUUCGCCGCUGGGGCCUGGGACCCGGAUGGCCGUUUAGUCGGUUUCGAGACGCUGAGGCUCCCACAUCGGGCCCUGGGAAAAAAAAAAAACAAAAACGGGAGGGGGGACCCGCCGUAAUCCGCAUCCAUCCUCCGCCUGGCGCCCCCAUCCGCUUGCGGGAAGCCCGUAUCCGGAUAGAGCGGACCGAGCCCGAUCCGAAGAGACAGAGGCACGUUUCGCGAGGAGCCAGGAGGAACCAACGUACUCAAUGACCUUCCAGCGCGAUGUCAGAUCGUUUGGGGCAAACAGCAAAGGGGAAGGAUGGAAAAAAGUAUUCGUCGCUCAACCUGUUUGAUACGUACAAGGGCAAGUCCUUAGAGAUUCAGAAACCCACAGUAGCCCCUCGCCAUGGCUUGCAAAGUCUCGGGAAAGUUGCCAUUGCCCGGCGUAUGCCACCCCCUGCGAACCUGCCAAGCUUAAAAGCGGAGAACAAAGGCAAUGACCCCAAUGUCUCACUAGUACCGAAAGACGGGACAGGAUGGGCAAGCAAGCAGGAACAGUCAGACCCAAAGAGUACCGAUGCCUCGACAGCUCAGCCGCCGGAAUCGCCGUCGCCGCCGGCUUCGCAGACAUCUGCCUCAAACCCACCGAAACGACCCCCAACAGCACCCGAGAAUCCCCCUACAGUAGCAAGCGGGGUAAAGUCUUGGGCACAGGCCAGCGUUACCCAUGGAGCGCAAGGAGAUGGUGGAAAGGGAUCAAACCUACUGUCGCGAUUCUCUCGCGAGGAAUUUCCGACCCUGCAGGCGGCUGGAGACCAGGACAAAGCUGGCAAAGAAAAGGACACUGCCGAUGCGUCGUAUGGGCCCGGACCAAACCUCCGCCCCCAGAAUGCGACGAGCUGGCGGGAUGGAGGCGGGCGGGGCACUGACGGGGAGGUGCCCGAGCAGCACCCCGGAGCCCCCGACGGGCGGGCCGGGGUGGGCAUGCAGCCCUCCGCCCCGCCCCACUUCCCUCCCUACCGGGGCAUGAUGCCACCGUUCAUGUACCCCCCAUACCUCCCGUUCCCUCCUCCGUAUGGGCCGCAGGGAGCUUACCGCUACCCCACCCCGGACGCACAGAGGUUCCCGCGGCUGGCUGGGCCCCGCCCCUCGCAGCCCCCCCAGCGGGCGGCAGAGCCGGUGAGCCGCCCGCCCGUGCUCCGGCAGGACGACCUGAAGGAGUUCGACGAGCUCGACCAGGAGAACGAUGAAGGCUGGGCAGGCGCCCACGAGGAGGUGGAUUACACCGAGAAGCUGAAAUUCAGCGAUGAAGAGGACGGCAAAGAGUCUGACGAGGAAGGGGCCGAGAAACACCAGGACAGCGAGGGGCCGGGCCCCGAGGGCAAGAAGACCGGCAGCCCCAAGGAGGAACUGCCCCCUGUCAAGGCGGCCUGGGCCGAGGGGGCCAAGGAAGCGUCUGCUGCCCCCGCACCUCGCCCCCUGCCACCGCCACCCCCACCCCCCAACCGGGGCAACUGGGGGCAGCCCAACGACUUCCCCGCGCGCCCCCCGGCGCCGGAGGACGAGGACGAGGCCUGGCGCCAGCGGCGGAAGCAGUCCUCCUCGGAGAUCUCGGCGGCGGUGGAGCGGGCGCGCCGGCGGCGGGCGGAGGAGGAGCGCCGCAUGCAGGAGGAGCGCCGGGCCGCCUGCGCCGAGAAGCUCAAACGCCUGGACGAGAAGUUCGGGGCCCCUGACAAGCGCCUCAAAGCCGAGCCCCCCAAGGAAGCGCCCGCCCCCCCGCCGCCGCCCCCCAGCCCGGCCCCUGCCACCCCGGAGGAGAAGAGAGACCAGGAGGAGCCGGCCCCGGCCCCGGCCAGCAGACCCCGCAGCAGCGGCAGCAGCACCAGCGGCAGCUUCGACGCCGGGCCAGCCGAGCCCCCUGUGGUGCCUGCCCCCAAGGAGGUGCCUGAGGUCCUGGAGGAGCCAGUGGUGGUGCCGGCCCCCCCUGCGGCCCCCGCCAUGCCCAAGACAGAGCCCAAGGGCGAGACUGUGGUGCCGCCACGCCAGCCGCCCCCAGCCCAGACCCUGGGCUACUCCAAGUACCAGAAGUCUCUGCCGCCCCGGUUCCAGCGGCAGCAGCAGGAGCAGUUGCUGAAGCAGCAGCAGCAGUGGCAGCAGCAGCACGGGCCCCCCCCGGUGCCCGCCUCCCCCCAGCAGCAGGUGGCAGCAGCCUCCCUGGGGGGCCUGGGCCCCGCGCCUGGUAUCCACCCUGCACAGGGGGCGGGGCAGCAGCAGGCCCCGCCCCCCCAGCAGCAGGCCCCGCCCAAGGCCAUGUACCCGGGCUCUAUGGGGCGCCCCCCGCCCAUGCCCCAGAUGAACUUCGACCCCCGCUGGAUGGUGAUCCCGCCCUACAUGGACCCACGCAUGAUACAGGGGCGGCCGCCCAUGGACUUCUACCCACCUGGGGUGCACCCCUCCGGCCUGUUGCCCCGCGAGCGCUCCGACAGCGGGGGCUCUAGCUCGGAGCAGUUCGAGCGCCACACCCAGAUCCUGCGGGAGCGGGGCACCCCACCCAUGGACCCCAAGCUGGCCUGGGGUGGAGACGUCUUCGCCACCCCUGCCACCGACCCCCGGCCCCUGACCUCACCCCUCCGGCAGCCAGAUGAGGAGGAGAAGGGCCUGCGGAGCGAGACGCCCCCCGUCCGCCUGUGGGAGGCCGCCACCCCCCAGCCCUACGUAGGCAGCUCCCCAGCCUUCGCCGAGAACGGCGCCCCGGCCCCCCUGCACCGCUUCCCAGGGGACGAGCCCCGUCCGGGGGGGCCCUGGCCAACCGGCCUUGCCCUGCCCCCCAACGCUCCAGGGGAGCUGGCCAGGAACGGGCGCCCCGAGCCCCUGGCCCAGCCCCCGCAGCGCCAGCUGGACGAGAAGGCCCCCAACGCCGAGCAGCCCAAGGAGCCCCUGGUGGCGCCCAAGAAACCCCCCAAGGAGGAGCCGGCCCUGCCCCCCAAGGAGGAGGCGCCACGCCGGGCCGAACGCCCCUUGCGCCAGCCGCACGACUUCCACCGGCCGCCACGGCGCGAGGCCAAGACGGAGACACGCUGGGGCCCCAGGCCGGGCAGCAGCCGGCGAGCAGACGAGCCGCCAGGUGGCGAGAAGCCCCCGCGCAGAGCCGGGCCCAUCAAGAAACCCGCGCCCCCCAAGGAGGAAGCUGAGGAGCCGCGCCCCAAAGCCAAAGAGGGCACUGAGCCAGCGGGCGCCAAGCCAGACCCACAGCCCGGCCCCAAGGAGCCCCCCAAGCCAGGCAAGGAGGCCAAAGCCAAGGUGCUGGUGAACGGCACCAUGGCAGGGCUGCCCAAGGAGCCGCAGGGGGCGCUGUCGCCCACCCGCCGGCGCCGGGAGUGUCCCUACGACCGCGGGGGCGGCGGCUACAUGGGGCGCGGGCGCGCCCGGGGGCGGGGGGAGUACUUCGCCCGGGGGCGCGGCUUCCGGGGCGCCUACAGCGGGCGCGGCCGGGGCCGCAGCAGGGAGUUCCGCAGCUACCGGGAGCCAUUCUACCGCCUGGAGGAGGGGCCAGGGCCCCGGGGUGCUGGGGGCGGCGCUCGGCCCCGCAAUGCCAGCGAGACGCGCAGCGAAGGCUCCGAGUACGAGGAGAUCCCCAAGCGCCGGCGCCAGCGCGGCUCGGAGACAGGCAGCGAGACCCACGAGAGCGCCAGCGACGUGGCCCACUCGGACAAGGAGGCAGCCCCGCCCCCGCUGGCCCCCCAGCCCACCAAGGGGGAGCGGCACCGGGGCCCAGGCGCCCUGCCCCGCUUCGCUGACAAGAUCCCACCCCGCCUCUCGGAGCCGGGCGCCCGUGGCGGCCGCAUCUUCACCCCCCGCGGCGUGCCCUCGCGCCGUGGCCGUGGGGGGGGGCGCCCCCCAGCCAGCACCUGGAGCCCCCCGGCCAAGCCCCCGCCGGGGAAGAAGCCAGAGAAGCAGGAGCCAGAGGCAGCGCCGGAUUCGCCCGGCAAGGAGAAAGCACCGGGGCCCACUCUCCCGCCGCCGGAGGGCCUGGUCGGGUUCCAGGCUGCCCCCAAGCAGCAGGGGCCGCCCCCCAAUGGUGCAGUGGAUCGCAGCUUCGAGCGGCCCCCCCGCCGGCGGCGCCACGGCCGCUCGCAGCAGCAGGACAAGCCGCCCCGGUUCCGGCGGCUGAAGCAGGAGCGGGAUAAUGCGGCCCGGCUGAAUGGGGAGCAGCGGGGCGGGCCGGGGGCCCCAGCGUACCCACCGCCCCCUGCCCCAGCCGAGGAAACAGUCUCCCGGCGUGUGGCCGGCGCCAAGUCCCCCGACCUGUCCAACCAGAACUCGGACCAGGCCAACGAGGAGUGGGAGACGGCCUCGGAGAGCAGCGACUUCACCGAACGCCGGGGCGGCGGGCCGGGCGACAAGGAGCCGGGGGGCCUGCUGCCCCAAGCCUUCCUGAAGGGGGGUGGCGCUCCGUCCCUGGGGGGCAGGGGGGCCGGCACCGACCUGACCCUCGCCCAGCGCAAGGAGAUGUCUAAGCGCAGCUUCUCCAGCCAGCGGCCCGGCAUGGACCGGCAGAACCGGCGCCCCAACCCUGGGCCCGGCAGUGGGGGCAAGGCUGGGAGCCGUGGGGGGCCCGGCAGCGGCCGCGGGGACAAGAGGACCUGGCCCUCGCCCAGGAACCGCAGCCGUCCGGCGGAGGAGCGCCCCCCAGGCCUGAGCCUGCCACCCGGGCCCACCACCAGCGCCGUCUACCGGCUGGACCACGUGGUGCCCAGCGACCCAGCCGGCAUCCAGCAGGCCCUGGCUGAGCUCAGCAGCCGCCACGGUGCCCGCGCCAAGCAGCCACCCCCCGGCGCUGUCCCCCCCUCGAACCCCACGGCGCCAGCUCCCUUCCCCGCCCACCCGGGCGGCUACAGCCGAGAACCUCCGUUCCUGGCCAAGCCCCAGCUGCUUCAGUCGGGCACCAGAGCCCUGGGCGACGUCCCCGGGGUUAACGGCUUCCUCCCCCGGCGCCGCGACCGGCCCCACAAGCAGGAGGACUCCCUGGGCUAUUCCCGCAGCCCCGGCUUCCCCGGCCCCAAGCAGGACCCUCCGGGAGCCCACCUGGCCCAGCGCGGCAGAAGCAGCUCCUCCGAGGGGCUGGCGCCCCACAUCUGGAGCCGGCUGCAAUCCAGUGUCCCCAGGAAAAGCUAUCGGCCCAGAUCUGUGGAGCCGUGGAUCGACCCGUUAAAUGCCUUUGAAGACGUCGUUAGCACAGAGAUGAGCCAGUCGGACAGCGGGGUGGAUCUCAGCAGCGACUCCCAGGUCUCGUCCGCCAGCUGCAGCCAGCGCAGCUCCCCCGAUGGUGGGCUGAAGGCGACCCCCGAGCCUGGCGUGGGGGGCAUGCGGGGUGCCGAGCCAGUGGCCACCGGAGGCGAGGGGGCCGCGCCCCAGGAGCAGGGCAGGAGGCCGGCGCCCAAAGACACCAGCCCUCACGAGGACAGGAAGCAGGCUGGCAGCCCCCCAGCUCCCUCCCGGGCCGCCCCCGGCCCAGGCCCCAUUGGGACUGACCACUCCCAGCGAGCCGAGAGGGUCAGGGAGAGCGGGGGGGGCCCCAAGCCCAGUCCGGAGUCAGCGACCCCCAGCACCGGCCCCCCCAUCCAGUUUGGGGCCAGCGACAAGGACACUGACCUGGGGCUGCUUGUGAGCGAGGGCAGCAAAGCUGGCAAGGAGCCCCCGGCCCUGGGCCUCACGGAGGGGCUGGCAGGCGCGUCCCGGGAGUGGGAGCUGCACCCGGCCCCCCAGCCCAGAGCCCUGGGGCCGGCCUGCCCCCCGGCGGAGCCCUUGGCGUUCUCAGGUGAGAGGGGGCUGAGCCAGCGGCCCUACCCCGAGCUCUUCUUCGGCAGCCAGCCCGGCGUGGCCCAGGUACCCUCCGUCUGGCCGGGGCGGGGCAGGGGGGCUGGCCGGGGGGCUGGCCCUCUGUCUGACCCGUGCCCUCUGCCCCCCCAGCAGGUGCCCUGCCCCCCUGUGGAGUCCCAGCUCAAUGGCAGCAGCAGCAGCUUCCGCCCGGGGACCCCUUCGCUGCAUCUGUACAGAUCCCAGCACUUGUACCUGCAGCCUGGCCCAGCCCCCAGCUCCCCGGCGGCCCCUGUCCUGCCCGGCUCGGCCCUGCUCUCGGGGGUGGCCCUCAAGGGCCAGUAUGUGGAGUUCUCGGCCCUGCAGGCGGCCGAGCUGGCCAAGCUGCCGGCCACGGGGCUGCUCUACCAGGCGCCCCCCCCCUUCCUCUACAGCCCCCCCUUCUGUGCCGGCCAGCUGGGCCCCGAGCAGCCCCUACUCCAGGUGCGGCAGGAGCUGAACCCCCCCUCGGAUUUCUACCCAGGCUCCCUGGCGCAGGCCAAUCAGAGCAACUUCCUGCAGGCCCCGGGCCCCGCCCAGCAGAUGCUGCUGCCUGUGGUGGAGUCACAGCUGCCCCCGGUGGUGAACUUCAGCUCCCUGCAGCAGGGGGCGCCAGCCGCCCCCCCACCACUGCCCCUGGUGCCCGUCACCCCGGCCCUGCGGCCCCCGGGGCAGCUGGCCGGGCGCCUGGUCCCCUCGCCCGUCCGCGCCUUCCCCCAUGGCAUGGGGCGCACGGAGCUGCACCCCGUGGAGCUGAAGCCCUUCCCCGAGUACCGGAAGCUGAGCAGCCUGGGGGGUCGAGCCCCAUCAGUGGGCAGAGCCUGCGUUGGCCCCUUCAGCUCCCGCCUCCGGGCCCCAGGAUCCAGCUACGCAGGGGGCAGCCGCAGCCAGCGCCCAGAUGGGGGCCCGCUGGUGAGCCUGGGGCCCCUCCCCAUGGGGGGGUGCUGCCCCGAUCCAGCCCCAUGGCCUCUCCCCUCAGGGGGACACUGCCCUGAUGCGGCUCCACGGUCUCUCCCUGCGAGGGGGCCCUUUCCUGCUGGGGGGUGCUGCCUUGAUCCGUCCCCAUGGCCUCUCCCCUGAUCCAGCCCCUGGGCCUUUCCCGCUGGGGGGCGCUGCCCUGAUCCGUCCCCAUGGUCUCUUACCUCAGGGGGUGCUGCCCCCAAUCCAGCACCCUCCAUGCUGAGGGGGCACUGGCCCCCUCUGGCCUCAGCACAAGGAAUGGGGCUUCGGGCUUGAUCUGCAUGUAGGGGGGGUAAGUUGCACCCCGUGUGUCUGACUCUCGCUCCCCCCAGGUCUCCCCAUCGGACGUUCUCUGCUGGACCCCCAGGCCCUGGGAGCGCCACCCCCUAGCCCGUGAGGGGCCCCCCACCCACCGGCCCCCCAGCCAGAGUGACAAGC